UUUGCCUCAUCAUGAGCACUGCACAAGGAGCGGAUGAGGGACAGUCUAGUCCGAUCCCAGAUGUUGCUAAUAAUACCGGAGUUGUAAACCCCGCAGUGCCUGCAUCGGAAGAAGUUAGCGAAACUAAAGCCCAGGAGAAAAUUGACGAGACGGAAGUUAAACCUAUAACAGAGACGAAAUAUGGGAGAGAAAAGAAAAAAAAAAAUCUGACAG